AUGACGUCCAACCUAGCUAGGAAAGUCUUCACCAUAACCGCCGGCGCGUCCGGGAUGGGAAAGGCAACGUCACGAUUACUCGCUCAACGCGGAGCCGCCGUUGUCUGCAUCGGCGACUUCAACGAUAAGAACUUCGUCUCCGUGAAGAAAGAGAUAGCAGAGUCCAAUCCAAAUACAGAAGUUGUAACGACUAAACUAGAUGUCUCAGAACCUUCUCAAGUCAAAUCUUGGAUCGAUUCUGUGCUCGCCAUGUUUGGCCGCCUCGACGGCUCCGCCAACAUAGCUGGCGUUCCCCAGGCCUCCAACGCUCGACAAAAACCGACGAUACUAGAAGAGACCGACGAGGCAUGGAGACGUACCAUGGCAGUCAACAUUGACGGCAUCAUGUACUGCACACGGGAGCAAGUCAGAGGCAUGGUCAGCCUUCCGGUAGAGCCUUCGGGCAGAGCCAUUGUGAACGUAGCCAGCCUGGCUUCAAUGAUGCACACGCCCGAUACGUACGCAUACGGGGCAUCGAAGAGAGCUUGCGCAUCGUUUUCGAGUUCCGUAGCGAAGGAUGUGCUAGGGUUUGGGAUUCGUGUCAACACCGUAUCGCCCGGUGCCACUCUAACGCCAAUGAUGGCGCAGUUCUUCCCAGACGGUACUUCGGAGGAAGCAAUAAAGGGCCUAGGAAUGUAUAUGAUUGAACCUGAAGACAUCGCAAGAGCUAUCGUGUAUCUGCUAAGUGAGGAGUCAGACAAGAUAUCUGGCGUAAAUCUAGCCGUUGGGGCUGGGCAUUCUCUUGCAUAA